AUGAGCAUGAAUCCAACAUCCUGCUCACAGCCUGGUGAUUUCCAAGCACAAACGUUUAGCUGGCUUGAAGAACAAUCCUCGGAAAUAAAUGCUUUGGACUUUACCCAUCUUGCCUCUAUAUCAACACCAGUACCGGAUCCAGUCGGGGAAAGAUGGUUUCUAGGCCUGACUCCUGAGGGCGUCAAUACAGUACCUGGCCUGCCAUCACCGGCAAAAAGCAGCCCCUCAGAGCCGGAAAAUGUGACAAGACAAGCAUUUGAUUCGGACCAAGCUGUUGACAACAUAACUGUCAAAGCCCCCUAUAACACACCACGGAAGCGUCCAGGUCGUUACAAAAACGCACCUGCACACAUUUUAAAUCGUCGACGCGAACAGUGUAGAGUAGCGCAGCAGAAGCAUCGUGAGAGGAAGGAUAACCGUAUAGCCCAGCUUGAAAAAGAGCUCAAGUCCUUGCAAGAGGAGUACCAAACGGAGAAGUAG